AUGUCAUUGAUUAUCUAAAGGGAGAAGUAUUGGAUAGAGAGGAGGAGUGGAAAAGAGAAAGACAAGAAUAUUAAGUAUGAUUAUGAUGAUAUGAAACAGACUGCAAUCAUUGAAUUGAAGGGAUAAUUGGAGGAAUAGAGGAAUCUGAACAAACAACUAAUUGAGAGGCUUGAAAAAUUGGAGUAAUUUAAGGUUUCUUUAAAACCAAUUACAGAUAAUAUAAAGCUGUAAAAUAAAAAAAAAUUUCAUCAUCGAGUAAAAAGUGACAAUGGCACAUUUUUAAAGAGCGAAAUGAAUGAUUAAAAGUUAAUAACUCAACCAAACAUCGAGAAGAUAUUGUAAAAGGAUAAGAAACCCCUUCUACAAAACUUUCUUAAAGAAUUGAAGAAUGAAGACAUUCAAGAGGAUUAAGUUUAAAAUUAGAUAUAAAUUCAUUCGCCUAUAAAUUUAUAGCUACUGUAAAGUGCAAAAAUAAAUUAAAUUUUGAUAAAUUAGAAUACUUAUAAUACCUGUUCAGCCAGAUAAAAGCAUCAUCAUCAAAGAAGCAACAGCAAUGGAGCUUCAGAAUUACUCAACUUUGCAUUACAAAGGAAGAAGCAAACUCUGGAAACUAGUCAAAAUGAGUUAAACAGUAUGAGUAUGACAGAGAGAGAAAUAAUUGUUGGGAAAGAGAUCUUCUAAACUAAAGGGUAAUUGAGGAGUCAUCUGGAUGGAGUAAGAUCAAUCUUAUUUCAAAAUAAUUACAUAGUCACUGCUUCUGAAGAUUGCACUAUCAAAUUGUGGGAUAUUAAUGAUGUGCAAUAAAUGAAUGCGUAGACUCAUUUAGAACCUAUCUAAACAAUUAGAUAACAUGAUCGACCGAUAUUCACAAUGACUUCGUACUUUAAGGCUCCUCAAAUACAUUUGUAUUCUGCUGGAGUUGAUGGGACUAUACGAACCUACAUAGCAACAACAAAUCAAUGUUUUUCCUGGAGAGCCCAUACGGAUGUUAUUUGGUCAUUGAAACAUCAUCCUCAUGAUUAGAGAUUGCUAUCAUCUUCUGCAGAUGGAUCUGUGAAAAUGUGGAAAUCUCUGGGAGUUUGUUAUCAAUAUGAUCUAAAUAGGAAGGGGAAUUUAAAUUUAGAGAUGUUGCAGAAUCCUUUGGCCAACUUCACAUUCAAGAAAUCAAUGACUGGGUUAUCCAUACCAACAGCUAUCGAAUGGGUAUGUAAGGGGUUUAAUGAAAAUAUCAUUUGUGGAUAUAGUGACACUUUAACCUUUAUAGUUUAUGAUGUUACUACUGUUAAAGCUAUUUAAUAAAUUAGAUUUGAUCUUGACAAUUAGUUCAACAACAAUGCUUAACCUAACAGGAUUCUAUUUAAUAAUGAGCUCAAAUACAUCGUUUCUGGUCAUGAUGAUCACAAAAUUAGAUUUUUUGAUUUGAAUUCAAGCAAAGUCUGUAAGACUCUUAUUGGCCAUACAGAUGCUGUCACUGAUUUAUGUUUAUUCUCAAAGAAUGUAUAUCAAUUGGCAAGUGUAAGUCAUGAUGGAAGUAUGAGGACAUGGGAUAUUCGAAAAUUCUAAUGUUUACACGAAAUACCAGCCCAUAAGUAGAAGUAUGAUGAAGGGAUCUAUACGAUUGCAAGUAAUAAUUAAUUUGUUGCGACUGGUGGAGCCGAUGGAAUAGUUAAAAUAUUCAAUUACCAGAACGUAAUAUGA